CUCAGGCUGUGGCAACGAAACAUCUCAGUUGCUGUGUGGAGAGAUUUGACGGAGGGACACUCCUGUGCAUGGACCAUCACUGCGCUGCAAUCCGCCGCCUGCUCACACACUCACACACUCAGACACACACACAUACACAUGUAAUGCCUCGGUGAAAUCUGGACGUACGCGGCGGAGAGAACACACGCAUGUGAAUAUUUUUGUUUUUGCAUGUCAGGAGAGGAGGAACUAGUCGCCGGGUCCGCGGCUGUUUGUCUUUUCUUAUCGCUUCUCCCCCCCUAUGUCACUCUAAUUAAUCGGAGGCAUGUGGAAUCGCACCAGGAUUAGGAAUUGCUUCCCAAUAGUGUGCCUGCUGUUGACGUUAUGGACGGAGGUGUCCCAGUCAACUGGCUAUUUCGAGCUGCAGCUGAUCUCCGUGGAGAAUGUAAACGGCGAGCUGGCGGACGGGGAGUGCUGCGACGGCUCCAGGAGCUCCCAGGACCUGCGCUGCACUCGAGACGAGUGCGACACUUACUUCAAAGUGUGCCUGAAGGAGUACCAGAUGGAGGUCACCACCGCCGGCUCGUGCACGUUCGGAGCUGGAUCUACGCAAGUUCUCGGUGGAAAUAUGUUUUCUUUUAAGAGCGUAAAGAACAACCCGAAUAAAAUCGACGAUGCUGGCAAGAUUUUGAUCCCCUUCCAGUUUGCGUGGCCGCGGACGUACACGUUGAUCAUAGAGGCCCGGGACUGGGACAACGACACACGCAGCAAUGAGGACGAGCUGCUGAUCGAACGCAGCAUUCACACCGGCAUGAUCAACCCCGGCGACCCCUGGCAGACCAUCCUGCACGACGGCCCCGUGGCUCGCCUCACAUAUCGCAUCCGGGUGCGGUGCGACGACAACUACUACGGCAACAAGUGCAACAAGCUGUGUGUUCCUCGUAACGACUACUUUGGACACUAUCGCUGUGAGCAUUCAGGGGCUCAGGUGUGCCUGGAUGGUUGGAUGGGCCCGGACUGUCGGACAGCAAUCUGCAGGCAAGGCUGCAACCUGUUACAUGGCAGCUGCCCUGUCCCAGGGGAAUGCAAGUGUAGCUACGGCUGGCAGGGCCAGUUCUGUGAUGAAUGUGUCCUGUAUCCUGGAUGUGUCCACGGGACCUGCAACGUCCCCUGGCAGUGCAACUGUGAGAGGAACUGGGGUGGCCUGCUGUGCGAUAAAGAUCUGAAUUACUGCGGUCGCCACCAGCCCUGUGUCAACGGAGGAACCUGCAUGAACACAGAGCCAGACGAGUACUACUGCGCCUGUCCGCAGGGCUACUCCGGCAAGAACUGUCAGAUAGCUGAACAUGCCUGUGUGUCCAAUCCCUGCGCCAACGGUGGUACGUGCCACGAGGUUCCUACAGGCUUCGAAUGCCAGUGCCCGCCAGGUUGGGAGGGUCUGACCUGUGCCAACAAUUUGGACGAGUGUGCGUCCAGCCCGUGCGCUCGGGGUGGAACCUGUAUCGACCGGGAGGACGGUUUCGAGUGUGUUUGCCCGCCGCAGUGGGAAGGAAAAACCUGCCAGAUAGAUACAAAUGAGUGUGCAGAAAAUCCCUGCGUGAACGCUAGGUCUUGCAAAAAUUUGAUUGGCGGAUAUCACUGCAACUGUUUUAAGGGAUGGUCCGGACGAAACUGUGUCAUCAACAUCAAUGGCUGCCACGGUCAGUGCAAGAAUGGAGCAACAUGCAAAGAGGGUGCGAAGGGUUACCACUGCCAGUGUCCUCCAGGUUUCAUGGGCACCCACUGUGAAUUCCAGAGGAAUAAAUGCGACAGCAGGCCGUGCCAGAACGGCGGCAAAUGCCAUGCAGUGUUGGACGGCUUCGUGUGCGAAUGUCCACCGGAGUUUGCCGGACAGCUGUGUGAGGUCCCUAGCUGGUCACCGUCAGACGCUUGUGAUCCAAACCCUUGUGAGAAUGAUGCUAAGUGUCACAGCAUUUACCAGGACUUCUACUGUGCGUGUCCCGAAGGCUACGAGGGAAAAACCUGCGAACGGCUCAAAGAGAACUGCCAGACCACCCCAUGUCAAGUGAUUGACAGCUGCACCGUUGCUGUAGCGACCAAUGACUCGGAUGGGGUGCGGCACAUCUCCUCCAACGUCUGCGGCCCGCGAGGGCGCUGCAUCAGCCAGCCGGCGGGAAACUUCACCUGCAUCUGCGAUCCGGGUUUCAGUGGCUUGUAUUGUCACGAGAAUAUUAACGACUGCAUCAGCAGCCCCUGUGCAAAUGGAGGGACCUGCAUCGAUGGGGUGAACUCCUUUCAGUGCGUCUGUCCUGACGGCUGGGAGGGUCGACUCUGCGACCACAACGUCAACGAGUGCAGACACAACCCCUGCAAGAACGGGGGGCGCUGCGUCGACCUGGUGAACGACUUCUACUGCAAGUGUGCCGACAACUGGAAGGGCAAGACCUGCCAUUCCCGUGAGAGCCAGUGUGACGCAACCACCUGUAGUAAUGGGGGCACCUGCUACGACCACGGGGAUGCCUUCCGCUGUGCGUGUCCACCUGGGUGGGGAGGAAACACGUGCAACACAGCCAAGAACAGCACCUGCGCCUCCAGCCCUUGUUCCAACGGAGGAACGUGCGUGGGAGGAGGAGACACUUUCACCUGCAUCUGCAAAGACGGCUGGGAAGGCCCCACCUGCGGCCAAAAUACAAACGACUGCAACCCUCAUCCAUGUUACAAUGGUGGUAUCUGUGUGGACGGAGUCAACUGGUUUCGGUGUGAGUGUGCUCCUGGUUUCGCCGGACCAGACUGCAGAAUCAAUAUAAACGAGUGCCAGUCCUCACCCUGUGCCUACGGAGCCACAUGUGUGGAUGAGAUCAAUGGCUUCCGAUGCAUCUGUCCGCUCGGUCGAACAGGGACCAGAUGUCAAGAGUUCAUAGGUAUUGGAAAGACUUGCCACUACGCUGGGCUGCAGUUUCCCCACGGCAGCCGCUGGGAGGAAGAGUGCAACAACUGCCACUGCAUCAACGGCAAAGUGGAUUGUACAAAGGUGCUGUGUGGUCGUCGUCCCUGCCAGCUCCAGUCUGCAGGCCGGGAGCAGAGACAGCAGUCCUGUCCGGCUGGACGGGAGUGUUUAAAGCACAGCUACCUCACCUGCUUCUCCCCCCCUUGCCACCAGUGGGGCGUUUGCUCCAUGGCUGGACCCUCUCCUCCACAAGUAACCACCAAGUGCCAGCCGAACAGCGGGCAUUUGGACAACAGCUGUGUCCGCAUAACACUUGUUUUCAACAGAGACAAAGUACCACCAGGAACAACAGUGGAGAACAUCUGCUACGAGCUGAGGUAUCUUCCAGACAUCCGAAGCUUGGCAAAAGACCACGCCCUUCUCCUGCUCUGUGACAUCUCUCACUUGAAUCAGGAUGCUGUAGAGGUGGCUAUAUCUUUCCAGCCAGAAGAUCUACCAGACCACACUCUGAUCCAGAGGGCAGCCAGCGCCAUAGAGGGCACCUUGUCAAGGCGGCACAACAGCACAGUAAUGCUGGCAGUCACUGAGGUCAGAGUGGAAACGCAGGUCAUUCCCCCCUCAGUGGAUUACCUGGUGCCUUUGCUAUGCGUGGUCUUCUGCUUGCUCUGCCUCUUCUGUAUCGCUGUAUGCGUGUGGUGGACGCGCAAACGGAGAAAAGAACGCGAGAGGAACUCUCGAUCUGCCGCGGACGACAACGUGAACAACCAGUGGGAGCCCCUCCGGCUCGUCGUGGGACGUCAGCAGCAGCAGCAGCAGCAGCAGCUGAAAGAAAGCAACAGGGAGGCUGAGCAGGAGCGCAAAAAGCUCAUGGGUCCCUCCUAUCGGACGUGUGAUGAGGGGGAGGAGGAGGAGGAGGAGGAGGAGGAGACGGAAGGCGAGCUUGAGCUCGAGGAGGAGUGUAGUGGAGCAGAGGCGGGAAAGCAGCCAGUUUAUAAGUACUCUAAGACUGCAGUGCAGUCCAGUGGGGGAGUGAUCUGUACCCUGCACAGCUCCAGUUCACCCCUCAAAGCGCCACACCGGACCCCAGGCUACAGCCCCAAAGACAACCGCUGGAAAAACGUCAGUGCUGUCUUGACUGGUCAGAAAGACCUCAGAGACCACUGCGUAUAAGAAAUUUAAACAAAGGACUCGUGAUGUGGAAGCGAGAGAAGCUGCUAGGCAGCGGCUAUUCUUAUUUUCUGGACAACUUUUGGAAAGAAAAAAAAAGGCUUUGUGUUUCAAUAAGCCAUUCUUUGCUUUUGUUUUCAUGUUUUUGUCACUGUCACCUGAAAUGAUGUUUGAUUCAGGAGGCUAGAGCACAGUGAACAUCCUUUUUUGCUUCUGUUCACUUAUUUUUCUUUAAUUAUGUACAGAAGGAGCUGAAAUGUAACAAUUUUUCAGGAGGCAAAAGAAGCUCUCUGCAAUUUUUGUUUAUGGAAUUGUACCAUUUAAGAAAUGAUGAAUCAUCAAAAAGGAGACAAAAUAACUUGUAUAAAUAUUCUUUUUUUUUUAUUUACAGAUGAUUAUGAUUUUGUUAAAUUGUCAGCAGGCUCCUGUUCAGUGUCUGUCGGGGGAGGGGAGGGGGGCGGUGGGGACAGAUACACAUUAAAGAGACAGGUAAAGGAAGAGUGUUGAGGGAAAUGGACUGUUGCAGCCACAGCAACAGAGGAAACCUUCCCUUUGCUCCGUCUCUCUUCCGGCUUUGCCCACCGAUCCACCUGUGGCCGUCAUGCGCCAGCCUUACCAAAACACUUGGCCUGGAGGGGAGAGGGGACAGAAACCCCAGUGCCUACUAUGUGGCCUUCCAUUUUUUUUUCUCCUGUCUCUCAGUUGUCUUGGCUGAAAGCUCUGUUUGAGGAUUUUUUGCAGUAUUUGAGUUGGUAGCAAGUGCCUUUCAAAGAGCCGCGUCGAGGCUCCAAGUCGCGCUGCCCAGUUUGACCUCCUUGUUCUCAAAUCUCAAAGGGAUGUAAGUGUACAUUUAGAGAGUUCAAUUUCACAGCAACGCCAUUCAAGGUAUUUGAUCAAAACAGAAAUGAAUACUCUGUACAUAUGUGUAAAUACUAAAGGAGUCGCUGUGUAUAUUUGAAAUAAGUAACUUAAAGACAAGUCACACAUUUUUAUUAUUAUUAUUGUUAUUAUUAUUAUGAUUAAUAUUAUUUUUUAUUUUUUUUUACAAUGCCAUUCCUUUUAUUUAUGCCAGUCGAAAUAGGCAGGUUUUAUAACACUUCAUAUCCAGAGUCCCACAGUUAAGAACAUUUACAAUGAGGUACCACCUAUGAAGGAAUUUCUGAAGGGUUUAUAAAUGGUUUGUUUUUUUCAGUUACAUAAUAAUGCUCUUAUCAUAGAAUAACCGUCAUUAGGCCAAAACAUUGCUUUUUUUUUUUUUUGGCUGUAUGUGGUCCAACAUUACAAAGCUGUCGUCACUGCAGCUCUGCUACCUGAUUUGCAAAAGUAAUCACAUCUAUUGGCCUUAGUCAACAGUAGUCGACUAGACUGCAGAAAUCAUGGCCUGGAUAUGCAGGAUUUUUUUUGUUUGUUUGUUUUUUUGUUAGUUUGUUUGUUUAAAUCCUAAAUCUUUUGCACUUAAUUUUCUCUUUUCAAGGACACCUUAAUUGCAGUUCCAGAAAAACAUAUUAAUUAUUGAUCUGUGUUCUCGGUAUUUAACAUAACAUAACAAACAGUUUGAUAUCUAAAGGGGAAGUCGCAACUGUAUCAAAAAUGGCAAAAACUAAUGGAGAGAACUUGUUUUGACGUCACAAAAAGGAGCGCGGCCAAAAUGCAGCUUGGUUCAGAGUUUUUGUCUUCAGAGAACAAAACAGCUGUAUCCUAAACAUUUUCUGAUCCCAGUCAUUGCUUAUCCUUUUACACUCUGCUCAUUUUUAACUCUUUAUCAGUUGGUCGUUCAGGAUCAGGAUUAGCUUAAAAAAAAAACAAAAAAACAAUGUGUAGUGCUGCUGCCGACGUUAAAGCCUUAAAGAGUUUUUCCGCUUCAAACCAUUUCUAAAUCCAUCACAAACCCUUUUGUUUCAGGUGCCUUAAUGUAACAAGUAAUGCAUUAUUUGUGUAAUCAAUGGUCAUCUUUUUAUGUUGUUGGUUUGUUUUCACUAUUAAGGAAAGUAACUCUUUAAAACAUUGUGUGGUGUGGAGUAAAGUGCUCUCCUUGUCUCACUUUGCUAUCAUGGAGAUCUCUGGAAUAAAACACUGACGGAGGAUUAAAGAAAUACUCUGUCCACCAUGACUCUUAGUGUCAUGAAUGUGGAUGUCAGUAGGUCAAAUGUGGACAUCAUGCAUUUAGCUUCAUGUUUGGUUUAAAGGCUUUAAUGAAGGGAACAAUAUUUGCUGAUGCAGAAUUAUUACUUUUUGCGACCAUGCAAAUGUGUUUUUUUUAAGUUACCAACUCAGUUCAAAAUGAAAAGUUUUACUCUUUUUCAUAUCAUGUCAUUGUCUCAAAGCGCCAUCGUAUUUUCUGUAAAUGGGACACAGCAAAAUAAAUAAUUAAUGAUGCAUCACUGCUGGUGUUAAAAGCUGAAUAAUGCAUAUUGUAUACAUUUUAUUCUUCAAGGGACAUAAGUUAAUUUUGUACAAAGCAAACAAGUUUCCAUUCUUUUAGUGGAUGUUUAAUUGUUCUAAAUAAUCAUCCCAGUUAUUUAUUAAAGCAGUUUUGACACAUCUUGA